CCCCUCGAGUCUAUCCGACGAGAACAAACUGGCCACUUUGAAAAGUUGUUGUUAACUGACGACUUCACUCUAAACACACCAUUGUCACAUUGUUUUUAGGCACUGAAGGAUUUAUACAGGUUGAAAUGCAAAACUGUGGCAUGUGGUUUGUUUUGGUCGCUGUAAUGACUUUCACAACGUUGGUGGCUGGUGGUGAUGAUAAAUCUAAAGUUCAAAACCAACACCAACAGCAGCAACAACAAGCUGAUGUCAUGAGAGCCAUCGCUGAUAUCGGUUCUCCGUCAAUGUCACAACCAUCGGUGGAUAGUUACUUGGAAUCUGAUCCUCUUCAGGUUCCUUAUGAGUACAAUACAGCAAAGCGAGCCCAUAAACAAUAUGGGUUUGGACUAGGCAAGCGGUUGUACAGGCAGUAUCAAUUCGGUCUUGGAAAACGAGCCUCAUCAAAACAAUAUGGAUUUGGACUAGGCAAACGGGCGGCGCUCAAGCAGUAUGGGUUUGGACUUGGUAAAAGGACCUCACCUACGUUUUACAGCUUCGGUCUAGGACGCCGAGCUUCCCCACAAUACAGUUUUGGACUAGGAAAAAGGGUAUCUAACCCAUCAUUUUUAAACGUUGAUGAAAAAGAAGCCGAUUAUAACGACCUAUCAGAAGAAAAAAAGAGAACAUCAGACGACGUACACGGACAGCGAUUUGCAUUUGGUCUCGGCAAACGAGGUGCAAGUCUAGGAGAAUGGGCAGACUCUAUGGACGACUCUACUCUCAUAUGGCACCCAGCAGUCAGAAGAGCACGUCUCCAGUACGGCUUUGGACUGGGCAAGCGAGACGACUAUGACGCAGGCAGCGAGUACGAAGACGACAUUGACAUUAAUUAAAAAAAUUGCAAACACUAUAAUAUUCAGACACAACGAAAAAUAUACAAACAACACUCAAACGGCGUAUUAAAUUAUUUGAACGGUUUUGCAUAAUUUUGUUUGUCAUACAUAAUAAUUUUUAUUAAAAUGUUCUCUUAUGAUUAUUUUUCUAAAAUCGCAACCAAUUCCAAUUAUUAUGAAAUUAUAUCGCGCUCGACUGUUUUGAAAAGUGCCAAACAAAGUUUAAAAUUAAAACUUUAAACAUAUAAACUAAUAACAUUCAUGUUAAUAAUAAUAUAAAAAUAAUAUUUUAAGAAUUAUUUAAUAUUAUAUAAAUUAGUUUUGUGCCCAUACUAUAAUAAAUGUUAUAUUGUUCAUAAAACGUAUUAAUCAAUUAUUGUGAUCACUUUACCUUUGAUAACUCGAAGAAAAUAACUGAUCUAUGCUUAAAUUUUGGUUGAAAUAUAAAUGAGUACGAUGUUUAAAUGAUUUUUUUGUAAAAUAUUUCGUAAAACAUAAUACAAUAUAAAACACGUACAACAUUAAAUUUACACAAAAUGUAAAAUUUAAUGAAUUGCAAAAAUAAUUAACAUCUAAAAAAUCCCUUUAAAAAUACAUGCUCUCCUCAAUUUCAUAGUGUAUUACGAACUACUUGUAUAACCUCAUUAACAACGUACAAUUUUUCCAUCUUGAUUUUGUAUCAAUUAAAACUACUAUUUUAUUUAAAUUCAUUCAACAAAUUUUAAUAUUAUUAAAAUAUUCUUAAAUUUUUAUGAACCAAUGUCUCAAUAAAUAAUAUAAUAAUAGCAUGUCAAAUAAUUUUAAAUUAUUGUAUUGGUAAUAGAAAACUCAUUAUACAUCUGUGGCUUUUGUGUGCUUCCUGUAACAGUUAGGUCAAUUUAAAACGCCGCCCGUUAUAACAUU